CAUGAUUGACGGAUGGACAUGAACAGUAAGAGUCAUCAUACAAUAAUCUGAGAUCCAGAGUCACUGUGAGGAUCCCCGAAGCACCGCUGACACAGUAACCGUUUCCUGAGCUAUGCUCCGAAACAGUGUCAUUAUUUCUCUCCGGCACAGCGCUUGAAUGUGUGUGGACUUCAGCGAGCUCUGUAGGGUAACUGCAUCACUCCCAAUCUUUGCCGGAGGAUGAACAGGAAUUACCCGACUUCCAGCUUCGCAGAGCCGCAGGCUUCACCAGUACAUACCGCAGCUUGGGCCUACGAACGCAGCAGCGCAAGUAUUAAGACAAGUUCAAGCUAUGGAGCCACGCAACCAGAAUCUGAGCACCUCCCUCAGCAGACUUAUGCCUCCCCUCAUCAGCUCCCCACAUACAUCACUACGCACCAUCCUGGGUUGUCCGGAAUCUUUGAGACUGGUUUGAACACUGCUGGCAGUAACACCACUGAGGCAUCAGUCAUGAACUUCCUUUCUGCUCUCGAGUCUCGUACUCAACAGGCUGGACCUAGUACAGCGUCUGUCCUCCCCCAAUUCAAGGCUCCCUCAUGGCAGACAGUAUCCCUGCCUUCUUCGGGAACAUUCUCAACCUAUCAGCACCCCAGCACCUUCCCAACAAGAACUUUAGCCUCAACUCCCUCACCGGCACUUCAGGACACUACCUUUAGCCCUUCCUCAAAUGGUUUACUGCCUCCUGACCCCCUCCUGCAGAUCAAAUCCACCCAGGCCACAGUGCCUGCAGCAAUAGCCUUUGACCGCCUCAGUAGCACUGUACUAAGCACCAGUGUCCCACCCCAGUCCUCAACAUAUCGCUCAGCCCAGGAAUCUGCACCUCAUCUCUUGCAUCCUCAGUUCAGCCUGCUACCUUCAGCUCUGGGCAGCUCACAGCAGGCCCUUCAACCUUACAGCACAUCAGUUUUCACAGGCUCCAUUGAGAGAGCACUUCAACGGGAAUGUAGUGUGAUCAAGCACCAUCAGCGGCCUUCCAGUACUCAGUCUGUCCAGACACAGCUGCCUGGCAGCACACAGCAUUCCUUGCAGGGUUACCUGCCCAGUGGAAGUGAGGUCCCCUUCCAGGACACCUCACAGCAGUCAGCUAUGCCCUGCAGCACCAUAGGAGACUCUACUCAGGUGAGCAAUGGUGGACCACUGCAGAGGACAUCUCAAGCCACACUGGAACUAACUCAGGUCUACCUAUCCUCCAUUCCCUCCCCUGGGUUUUCAUCUCAAUUGGACAAGAAAGCCAAAGACUGCUCCGCUAAGCGCUCUGAUCACGACCCUGAAGCUAGGGAAUUGCACAGCAGCUCCCCUGACCUGAGGCCACAGAGUUACCCUUCCCCUGCUCAGAAGCAGAGCUCAGUGAUCGCUAGACAGCAGCAAGCAUACACAUCUGUGCAGCUGCCCAGCUUGAUGUCAGUCAGUCCCUCACAGGACUAUGUCACAUCUCAAACCCGGCCCAACAGCAUCACUCAUUCACAAGUGUAUUCUUCUAGUCAAACUGAGAAGUUGCCAAUAUUUUACAAGACUCUGACUUCUAUUCCCAGUGAGUCAGGAAAUACAUCUUCUGUGAAUCAGUCACUCAUCUACUCUUCUAGUCAGCAGCAGCAGGGGUUCCCUUUAGUUAGUGACAGUGAAGAAUAUAGGGUACAGGGGCAAGAGCUAUGCCCAGGGCACCCCUCCCAGGGCUAUUCUUCCAGCCACUCUCAGGGUAUAUCAAGUGUUACCUAUUCUGCACAGUCUCAGGGGCUGGCUAAUAUCAGCCCUUCUCAGAUCUACACUUCAGGACAAUCUGUCAAGCUGACCUCACAGUCCUUAUCCUUCCCUCCUUCUCAUACACAGAAUUUGCCAAGGUCAAGCCCCACCCAGGACUAUAUCCUAAUGCAUCCAUCUGGAGACAGGACUGAAAAUACAUCAUCACCACAGCCUCAGAAGUAUUUGCCUUCUGUUCAGUUACCACCUUUCUCUUCUGCCCCUCAUUCCCAAGCCUUACAGAACAACAGAUCCUCAAAAGAGUUAAAGCCAUCCUAUGGUAAAAAGAAAUCAGAUGCAUUUGUAAUCUCCAAACAGGAUGACGGUGGGUUCCCUAUCCAGGACUUCCAAGGUUUGCAGAAGCAAGCUGCCUCGCUGGACACUUCAGCUCAGACCCUUGAGAACAGUGAAUUGGGGAUAGAAAACAAUGAUAUGAAUAUUGUCUCCAAGAUGGAGGAUCGGUUCAAUUCGCAAAGCGUCAUCAGGAGCAACUCACGACCUGAGGACCAGAUCACAGGUGUUGUGUUUCUGGGGUCCAAAAAGGAUGAAAGGGUGGAUUCUUUGACCCAUCACGAACAGGAUAUGGUCAGUGCCAACAGUAUUGUUACUACAGAAAUUAAGAAUAACUCCUCCCUGGUGCAGGCCUCCCUUGUGACCAUGAAUCUGGAGGAACUGAACCAGCAUUCACUCAUGCAGAAGGUGCCCGAGUCCCAGCCUCAGAGCCAUCAGUUACAGGGCAGCAGUGCCCAGCAGCAGAGUCACAAUGGGGCAGCACAGCAGGCACAGUACCUCCGAUUGCCUGGCGGCCAGGUCCUAAUUGAGCCCUCCAGAGAGAUACCAAUGAUCCUACUGCAGCAGUCCUUACUUCAUCCAGGACUUGACCCAUCAAGGAUGCUCAGCUCACCCCAAAUGCAGCAGGUUCCAGUGCAGUACGUACCAAUGGAUGAUCAAAUGAUUGGCACCAAUGUCGGGCAGAGCCAACAGCAGGUUGCUCUAUCUCAGAACUUGGAAGUUUUCAAAAUGGACACAACUGAGUCCUCUAAAUCACUCCAGCAGCAUGUUUCACCAAAAGAUAACUUCAGCCAAGCAAACCAGCAUGAUGAGAAGCACAAUUUCACCCUGAGCUCCAUUUGCUUCCCUGACUCCAUUCUACUAGCAGAUGAGAGGAACAUCUUGUCCAAUGUGGAUGACAUCUUAGCUGCCACUGUUGCUGCCUGUGGAGUCACUCCUCAGGAUUUUGUCAAAACCACCUCCUCAGAAGGGGAUAUGCCUUUACUUGCUAGCCCCGCAGACUCAAAGGGCCACUUGCAGUUGGACACCAGACAAAGCUCGUGCAACUUCUCUUCCCAGCACUCAACAGUUGCCAGCACUCAGACUCUGAGUAUGACACUAAAUGGUGGCCAGUUGGAUAUGGAUAUCCACCACUUGACUAAGGGAGCAGUCCUGGAACACCAAACACACAAGUUAUCAAACUCGCAUACACAGUCUGUCAAGUCAAGGCCUGAUAUGAGCGAGAAGACAGCAAGCACUCACAGCCAAAGGCCAGAAGGAAAGAACAAGGAGGGAACUAAUCAAAGGAACCUCAGCCAGAGCAACAGAGCUGACUUCAGCUCCGAAAAGAUGAAUGGAAGUGACAAGAACACCCACUCUGACAGUGACAUUAACUUAGCUGGAGAAGACUGUGACUCUGUGGGGCUCAUCAACAAAACCAAUGUGUUUAACUGCAAAGACCCAGUCAAAUGCAGUGGUAUGAAAAAUGUUAAAAUGGAGAAUACCAUCAUGGAAUUUCCUACCAAUACUUUCCCGAAGAAGAAGGCAAAGUCCAAGGUUUCCACAAGACCGUCGGGGGAGGAGGAGAAUGGUCACCCAAAGCCUGUGAAGCGUAACCAGGGAAAGCGCCAGAACUCCAGAGGAAGUGACACAAACUCGCCAUCCACAUCUGAUAGCUGUUAUGAUGGCUACCAGCAGCAGGAGAGGAUGCGUCAGAAGAUUCUGGAGGUGGAGGAGAAGCAGCCGGAGGUCAAAACAGGAUUUAUUGGGUCUUUUUUGGACUUCUUGAAAUCAGGGCCUAAGCAACAGUUUUCCUCUCCUCCCAUGAGGAUGCCUAAUCGCUCCAGGAAGUCUUCUGCAUCCUCCAAACAUACUCCAUGGCCCCUCCCUUUGUCCUCUAAGCCCCAGCUUCCAGUGGUACCGUUAAUGUUGCAAGAAGCAGAUGUCAUCAGUCAGUCCAAAAGGCUUGAUGAGGAGAUGAAGAAGAACCUGGAGACCUUGCCAUCUUUCUCCUCUGAUGAGGAUGAGUCUGUGGGAAAGAAUCAGGAUCUUCAGAAGAGUAUUACCUCUGCACUCUCUGCUCUGGAAGACCCAUCAGAGAGAAAAAAUAAGUUGGAUAUCACAGAGAAGAAUCUUCCAGGCGCUAUUAUAAAGCAAGAACAAUCUCCCAGCAUGCCUCCCUCAAUGCUAAAGGCACAUGAGCCUCCUCCAACUUCGUCUGCGCAGUUGUGUGCACAGAAGCUGCAGCAGGAGGUCCCCUCAGACCAGCUGGCUGAGCAGCUCAUGUCUGUUGCCAUCGAGGGAUUGACAGAUGAGGACCUGUCCGACAGUGGUGGGGAGGGAAUGUACCGCGAGCGGGACGAGUUUGUAGUGAAAAAUGAGGACAUUGAAUGCCUGAAGAUGACACUAAAAGCAGGGUGGGAGCCCCCUGCCAUCUGGAAGGUUCAGAAAGCCUUACUGCAGAAAUUUGUGCCUGAACUGAGGAAUGGGACCCGAGUGUUUUCAGCCACUAACAGUUAUUUGGGAUACUUUGGAGAUGCAAAGACUAUGUACAGGAGAGUGUACGUGAAAUUCAUUGACACUGUGAACAAGAGGGAGUAUGUACGGGUCUGCAGCAGGAAGCCGAGAUGCAAGCCAAUGCACUCUAUAAGAGGUUCUCAGGCCAAGUCUCUGCUAAGCCAGAAGGCAGCCUCUGCUGUGACUACUGAACCAUCAGUGCCCAAACACAUGUUCAACAAGCCGUCCUCCAAGCCCAAAGCAAGGCAGCCCAAGGUCAAGUUGGAGCCACCACCCAAGAAGAGGAAGAAGUGGAAGGAGGAGUUCUCACCUUCUGAGUCCUCGCCAGAGGCAGUGAGCGAAGACGACGAGUUCACACCUCCAGUCCCAUUUGCAUCUCGCUUCCUCAACACCAGGAACAUGAAGGAGACCUUCAGAAGCUAUGUUGAGCUGUUGAUCAGUGUAGCCUUGGAUGCAGAAGUAAUGGAGGCUCUGGAAAAGGAGAAAGAUGAGCUGCUGCUUCCACACAUGAGGAAAGUGGAGGGGAUGCUCACAGACAACCGGCGGAGGCUGCUGCCCAAACUGCGCAUGGGACAGCUGUUCAAGAAUGCAUUGGACAGCUUUCCUGAGUUCUCCCUGGUGAAAGAACUGAAGAAAGAUGGAGAAACUCCCUCUUUUAAAGUACGAUUAGGAGGGAAGGCAUACAACAAAAAAACUAUGAGACCCUCCAAAGCCGUCAGCAAGUUACCCUUGGAAUACACGGUGGACAAGGAGAGGACACAGUGGUUCUCACUGUAUCAUUCACUCCAGCAUUACAAGUACCAUACAUACCUAAUCUGUAAGGAUGAGAUUGCAUCCCUGCAGGCACAGGGGAAGGAUCUGGGCCAAGAGGAGACAGUGCAGUUGUGUAUCCGCAACGGCCACUGGGUAGAGAAACUCUUUGACAAGUUUGGCGAACUGCUCACCCAAGUGCAACAGACCUGCUUAUAGCCGCCUUGGAAAAUAGCUACCGAUAGAUGUAAUCAUCUGAACAUGAGAUUCCAAGUGGAACCCCUUUAAAAGCACUAAUUUUUUCACUAAAGACCUGUGCUGGUGUACAGUGAUGUCAGUACUCAAAAUGGUGUACUCUCUUUCACUCCAGUGAUAGGAAUGUGUCAUUUGUACCACACAAUGCUGAAGUAGAGGAGUGGAGGCACUUUAUUUAGUACAAUCUGAAAAAUCUUUUCAUUGCUGCCCAACUGUUCCAAGUGGAGUUUGCGCCUUUUGUGUUUUUUAU